CAUGACUUUCGUUCGGCUAUUCUUCGUCGUCACAAGCUGGCGGAGGAAUCGAAGAGCAGCGGUUGGCAAAAUCCUCGCCGAGAAGCUUCCUCUGUAGAUUUCUCGUUGGCAUCGAUUUUGGAGGUGACGAUCACGCCAAAGAAAAGAUUCAAUCUUUUUCGAGGAGCAAGGCACGGCAGAGACGUCGAGCAGAUAAGUUUUCUCGCUGCUUUGAUCCUUUGCGCGAGUGGUUUGUUCUUUUGGCGGAAGCUAGAUUUUUGAUUGUUUUUAGACGGUCGGAAAUGACGCAUCUGCUAAUUUAGGAUGCUAUAUUACCUUCAGAUCUGCGGAGGUUGUGUCAAUGGAGCUAGUAAGUUAGGAGAGGCUAGUCCUUUGACGCAGGAUUAGGGUUUCACGAACUCAUUGUCUUCGUCAAUUCUCACUCUUUGUUUAAUUAUUUGAACGUAGUAAAGAGCAAGUUUGAAUCUUGAAACAAGCUAGCAUUUUGUUUUAGUAGUAAGCCAAGAAAAGAUUCUGUUCCUCCCCCUUUUGAAGAGAAAAGGAAGUGAAGAAAAGAAAUAAAGUUAAUAACCGCGAAUGGGUAAGUCUACUGGCAAAAAGAAGAAUUCUGGAGCUCAGUUUAACGGUGUCGAUGAUGCAAACUCAAGAAAUAGCAAAUCCAACGAGCAUAAUCUGGGAGUAUUAGAGGAGGAUGCAGCAAACUAUUUGGGAAUGGCACGCAAUAUGAUAGAGGAUGGGAACAAAUUGUUCCAGAAAAGGGACUACAAAGGAUCUCUGCUCAAAUAUGAAAAUGCUGUAAGGCUUCUUCCUAAGAAUCACGUCGAUACUGCAUGCCUGCACAGCAACAUUGCUGCUUGUUACAUGCAGAUGGGCCCUGACUACGACCGAGCAAUAGAUGAAUGUAAUCUAGCUCUUAAGGCAUCACCCAAAUACACUAAAGCUCUAUUGAAAAGGGCUAGAUGUUAUGAAGCCUUGAAUAGAUUUGAUUUGGCUUGUAAAGAUGUCACUCUUGUUUUGGAAUCAGAGCCUUACAAUUUAACAGCCUUAGAGAUAUCUGAGAGGGUAAGUAAAGCGAUGGAGAAGAACAAUGUCAUGGUGGAUGACAGUGCUGUUUUAAAAAUCCCAGAUAUUGGAGUAGUGAAAGAGAGCACCAAGAAGAAGAAGAAAAAGAAGAAGAAAAGGAACCACAAAGUCGAGGAGAAUGUGGUUCUCACAGAGGAGAAGCACAUUGAAGUUAAGGAAGAACCUAUAAAAGUAGUGAAGUUAGUCCUUGCAGAGGAUAUCAGAUGGGCCCAAAUACCAGCUAAUUGCAGCAUAUCAUAUUUGAGGGAAAUUGUUCACAAGAAAUUUCCAAGCUUGAAAACCUUCCUUAUCAAAUAUAGAGACAAAGAGGGGGAUUUGGUGACCAUCACCGCAGCUAAGGAACUAGGGUGGGCGGAAGAGUCUGCAGAUCCACAAGGUUCUGUCAGAUUAUAUCUUAGUGAAGUUACUCCUGAGCAUGAACCAUCCCUUGAGGAUACGGAAACUUCUUUGAGAGGGCAGGAAAGAAUAGGUAAUCACAGUGAAGAAUUAUUGAGCAUGGGGAAUGACAAGGAAAAGAUUUCAACGACAUACAUUGAUGAAUGGGUUGUGCAAUAUGCCCACCUUUUUAAGAAGCAUCUGGGUUUCAGUUCUCAUUCAUCUCCAGAUCUUCAUGAACUUGGUAUGGAGCUCUAUUCUGGGGCAAUAGAAGAUACAGUUACAAGCAAAGAAGCCCAGGAAAUAUUUAAUCUUGCUGAAAGUAAUUUUCAGCAAAUGGCGGCACUUGCUUUAUUUAAUUGGGGAAAUGUUCUUCUAGCUCGUGCUAGGAAGAAGUUGUUCUUGGCAAAAGAUUCAUCCAAUGGAUUAGUUCUUGAAAAGGUAAAAGAUGCCUACAACUGGGCUCAGAUUGAAUAUAUCAAGGCAGGUAAUAAAUAUGAAGAAGCCUUGAAAAUUAGAUCUGACUUCUAUGAAGGACAUAUCGCCCUUGGUCAACAACAGUUUGAGCUAGCAAGACUUACAUGGUAUCAUGCUCUUGGGAGCAAGGUAGAUUUUGCUGUUUGGCCUUCAGCAAAACUCUUUGAGUUAUUAAAAAACGCCGAGGAUAAUGUUGGACAGGGGUUAAAGAUGUGGGAGGAUAAUCCAGAAAACCAGUGGCCCAAUAAACUGACUAAACCUAGAGGGGAAAAGGUCCUCUCAGAGAAGAUGGUACUGGGUGGUAAUUUCAAAGAGCUCUCAAUCAGUGAUGCAACCAAACUGGCCACCAAUGUAAAGUCUCAGGUAAACAUACUAUGGGGAACUAUACUCUAUGAGCGGUCUAUGGUGGAAUUCAAAUUAGGCAUUCCCAUUUGGGAAGAAUCUCUCAUGAAGGCAGUAGAAAAAUUGAAGCUUGCAGGAGUUUCCCCUAUUGAGGUUAUUGAUUUUGUCAAAAUGCACUGUGCCAAUGGAAUUCCCCAUGAAGGGUUGGCCUUCAUGAUUGAUGAGAUAGUUCAGGCAUCAAAUGAACUAUAUGAUCCUAACAUGUGGAUGAGUAGCGUCUCAUCUCUUCGUCUCUAUCCAUUAUUUCACCAAAAGGUUUAUCUUGCACCAGAUCAUGAAAAGUGUAUGAUAAUCAAUACCAGCAGAAGUCAGACCGCAUGAAGCUUCCUACACAAGGGAGGUGACUAUAGACUUUCUUUUUUUCUUCACUUUUUAAUUUUCCUUAGUUAAGUUUAUUUAUUUAUUUAUUUACAGAUAUAUUGAAAUUGUUAGAUUAGUAAGUGUUGUUUAAGUCUUGAACAUAUUGAAUUCUAAUUCAGAUCAACUCUCAAAUGCUCAUCUGUCAAAAUGGUUUAUUUAUUUCAUGUUGGGUGAAUUUAUACAAAAGCUUGGGUUAUCUCA